AUGGUUCCUCUUGAAUCCUCACCCCUUUUAGGCGUUUUCAGUUACGGCGGUUGGAGCGGCGGCCAAGGCGGUUUCACGGAAGGGUUGAUGAUGAGAGAAGCAACAAUAAACAAUCAAGAUUCUAGUGGAGAAACAUGCUCGGUCUCUGAUCCAACAGCAGCUUCGGCCAUUUACAAUAACAUAUCCUCCCCUCAGGGCAACAAAGACGACGGAUCCGCCACAAAGAACGACAUCGUUUCUUGUAUUAACAUAGAAGAUAACAAAGACAAAUCUUGGCUCCGCUUAGGUAUAGGCGCUGAGGAGAACAUCAACAACACGGCGUCGUAUAAGCUACAACGUUGUUGUAGCAAAACCGAACGUGGGAGAGAAAACUCGUUAGAGCUCAGUUUGUUCUCCUCGUCCUCAACCGCGGCAGGAGCGUUUAGUAGUAGUGUAGCAGAUCAACCGCAGCCACAGCAGCCUCCAUAUUCUCAUGAUCAAUUGCUGACGAUGAGUGGAGCGUCUUUGGUUUACAAUAAUCAAUUUAUUCGGCCUCAGACGUUGAUCAGUGGAGGCUUUUCGUUUCCAUCUUCAAUGCCAUGGAUACCUCAAUACACGCUGCCAUGUAGACCGUCAUCAUUAGGAAUGAUGAGUGAGUGUAACGUCAUUAAAAAUAAUAAUGUUACAAGGAGUUGUUGUGGGGAGGACGGAGGAGCUGGACCAAGCUCGGAGUUUAGGGUUCUUGACCCUCCAAAAAGACCACAUUCUGGUCUUUGGUUUCUUCUUCAAGCUUCACAAUUUCAGGAAAAGGAACCGUUUUUGCCUCAAGUUAAUAAACGCUACUUGAGAAUCAAAGACGGGAAAAUCACAGUUAGAUUGCUAAUUAAGUACCUUAUGAAGAAGCUUCAAUUGGAAAGCGAAUCUGAGAUAGAGAUAAGAUGCAGAGGACAACAAUUAUCGCCACUGUUAACGAUGCAGCAUGUAAGAGAUACAAUAUGGAGUCCAAAAUCAUCAUCCUCUCAGUCAUUCACUUCGCUUCGGGAUUCAUCAACUAGUGACCAUGUCAUGAUUCUGCAUUAUGGUAGGACUCCUUAAUGUUUAAUUUAUUUAAUAGUUUUGCUCUCAUGUAACAGUUUGAAUAUCGAUCAUACACAAUUGUGUACCUAUCGAUUUUUCAGUAUCCAUCUUUUCGUUUGGGUUUUCGAUCAAAUUUUUUAAUUCAUUUUCUUUUAUCAGAG